UGCCUCGGACUCCCACUCAGUGAUGUAAAACGUGAAGGUGGAUUUUGGCAUGUGGAGGAGCAGGUGAAAGGGCUUGUUCGUGAUGGUGCUCUGUAUGGACAAGAAGCUGUGCCAUGACAGAGGGCAACGUGGGUAAAAGAGACAUGCGACACCCAGCCCCGCAACACUGCCACCUCAUCCUGGGCGGGGCCUUGCUGCUUCUCCUGGCGAGCUCAGCCCUGAGCUGCCCCGCCCGAUGUGAGUGCUCUGCCCAAAGCAAGUCGGUCAGUUGCCACCGCAAGCGCCUGCCCACCAUCCCCGAAGGCAUCCCCAUCGAGACGCGCGUCCUGGACCUCAGCAAGAACAAACUACGCAUCAUCACGCCAGACAACUUCUCUUCAUUCCAGCAGCUGGAGGACCUGGAUCUCAGCGACAACCUUAUCAGCGUGGUUGAGCCCGGCUCAUUUCGCUCUCAGCUCGCUCUCCGCUCGCUCAACUUCCGCAGUAACUUGCUUCAGCUGGUUCCUGCUGGUGUGCUGUCAGGCCUCACCAACCUCACCCGCCUUGACCUCAGCCACAACCGACUGGUGGUUCUCCUGGAUCAUGCCUUCCAAGAUCUGCGCAGGUUGACAUCCCUGGAGGUGGGUGAUAACGAACUGGUUUUCAUCUCUCAGCGGGCUUUUACAGGAUUACUUGGACUCCAGAGUCUGACCCUGGAACGUUCCAAUCUGACCGUGGUCCCUACUGAUGCUCUGGCACAUCUACACAGUCUGGUCGAACUGCGCAUGCGCUACCUGAGCAUCAGUUUUAUAAAGCCUUUCUCCUUUAAGAGAUUAUCCCGUCUCCGCCGACUAGAGAUUGAUUACUGGCCCUGGCUGGACACACUGCCUCCCCUCUCACUGCACGGACUCAACCUCACAAUGCUGUUCAUAACCAACACUAACCUGUCUGCCUUCCCCGGCGCUGCGCUGCGCAACCUGCCCUACCUCACCCACCUCAACUUGUCCUACUGCCGCAUCCAGCACAUCCAUCAGGGAGAGCUGGGCCAACUCCCACACCUGCUGGAGCUUCGCCUGCAAGGUGCUCAGCUAGUUUCUAUCGAGCCCUUCGCUUUUGCGGGUCUCAAAUCUUUGCAACUACUGGAUGUGUCACAGAACCGCCUGGACUCUCUGGAGAAGGGAGUGUUUGCCUCACCAGACAGCCUCAUGAGGCUUUGUCUGGGUGGAAAUCCAUUAGUGUGUGACUGUAGAUUGCUUUGGCUGCUCAAUAGCCACAAGCCCCCCGCUUUGCAGAUUCUGGAUGUCCAGCCUGAGUGCAGUGCCCCUGAGCACCUCCUGGGGAAAACUCUGCGUGACCUCAAGGAGCCUCUGGUGUCCAGGUACAUGACCUGCACCAAGCCACGAAUUGGACCCAACACGACACAGCUGCUGAUGACUGAUGAGGGUCAGCCCGCCCGUCUGAGCUGCAUGGCAGAGGGAGCACCUCGGCCCUCCGUGGUCUGGAUUACACCUCACAGACGAUACAUCACAGCCAAGAGCAGUGGUAGGGUGGAAGUCCAACCAGAUGGUACCCUGGAGAUCAAGACAGCGGAGCUGCAUGACAGCGGGGUGUACUUGUGUAUUGCCAGUAACCCUGCUGGCAACGCUAGCCUGUCAGCCUCUUUAGCUGUGAAGAGCCUGGGCAUUGGGGACAGAUCUCACUAUAGCAACAGGAGCUCAAACUAUCUGACAGACUCUAACAGCACAUGGGGGAAUGGGACAGUACUGUACAACAUGACAGUCCCUAUAGAUAUUAAGACUAUCAUUAUAUCUACAGCCAUGGGCUGCCUGUCUUUCCUAGGUGUGGUCGUAUUCUGCUUCCUGCUUCUGUUCGCCUGGAGCCGAGGGAAAGGACGCCAUAAGAGCAACUUUGAUAUCGAAUAUGUCCCGCGCAAAUCCAACGGGGCAGCGGCUGAUGUGACGGAAACAAGUGGCCCAAGACGGGUCAACAUGAAAAUGAUUUGAAAACGAUGCAGACUGACGCAUAUGAUAGCGACGUCAACAACACAGUGCACACAUAUCAGCUGAAAAAAAUGUUUUUUUUUUUCUAUGACAGUGGAUUUGUGACAAACGAAAGUAAUGUACUAUUAUAGUGGGUGUCGAUAUGACGGUGAUCUAGUGAUAAAGUGGACAUGUGAAUAUAAAAGUGAUAUAUG